UAUCGAAAGAGAGCUGCAGCUACAACAAAAAAGCGUAACUCACGGAUCUCGUAAAUUUAUAAGAAAUUUAAUUAUUCAACCCGCCAGCGGACGACAGCAAUCGAAUUAAAUUAGCCCGGGGUGUGCGACCAACACUUGUGGGCCAUUGCGAAUUGAUGGAUAUCGAGAUUCCCCAAGAACUGGCCACAAUCAGCGCGAAAAAGCUCCCACUCACCGCGCGGUGUGUGUAGUAACAUCAAAUCGUAAAUCGUGAGGCGAGUGCGUGUGGUGGUGCUACUAUUCUGCAUAUACUUUAGGGUGGUGCGGGCCGUGGUGCUGCAGUGCAUCCAUGUACGUUUGUAUGUGGCGGCAUUUUGAUGACGAAAUUAUUUUUGGAUAAGUGCGUGAGGAAAGUGGCCAAACCGGAGGAGUCAUCACCAUCAACGCCAGCGGAAUGGAAAGCGAGCGGCUGCGAAUCACGCUGGACAGCGCGGAUCGGGUUUACUUUGCGGGCGACAUAAUUCGCGGCGAGAUCUGGAUGAACGUCAACAAGCGCACCAAAAUACGCGCCAUCAAGGUGCAGGUCACCGGCAAGGGAAAAUGCAAAUGGAUGGAGAUCCUGCGCAAGAACUCGAACAACAACGAGUACUCCCGCAGUCUGUUCUACACCAGCAAAGAGGUGUACGAGCAUAGCGAGACGCCUCUGCCGGAUUUUGAGCCGCGUGGCCUGGAACUUUCGGCUGGGGAGCACACGUUCAUCUUCGAGGUGGCGCUGGGUCGCCAGCUACCUUCGAGUUUCAAGGGCAGCUAUGGCGCCAUCAAGUACAAGAUGCGCGUGCUCAUCCAGCGACCAUGGACCUUCGACGAGCGCCACACGAUUCCUUUCACCGUGGUGAAGAACAUGCCGCUCCAACCGAUGCAACGCAGCAUACCCAGUUCGCUGGAGAAGCAGGUGACCAAGACGAUCAGUUUGUUUGGCACUAGACCGAUCACCCUGUUGGCCCUUCUGCCCGAAGAUUUUGCGGUGCGCGGAGAGCCGCUUAGGAUUUGCGCUACUGUGAUCAACAACAGCACCACCGCUGUGGAGAAGCUGCGCUUUACCGUCCUGCAGUACGUGACCUACUACAGCCAUGUACCACUGCGGGUGCAGAAGGUGGAGUGCAUAGCGGUGGCCACCAAGGAGACGGGCUCGGUGCAGAAGAAGACCGAGCGGAGUUUUGCGCACGAGCUGCUCCUGCCCGAUGGAGCCCAGCCGACGGAUGAACAGAUGAGCGGCGUCAUCACCAUUGUAUACGAGCUGCGUGUGGAGGCGGUGCUGCGGGGAUUCUUUAAGAACUUGAUCCUUAAUUUGCCCUUUAAGGUGUACUCGCAGGAUCCAUCGAAUAGGCAGAGUUCGCUGCGUCCGCCGCCGCCGCCACGGCCUAACGAUGGACCACCUGGUCCGGAAUUGGGCUCCGGCAAUCUGUUUGAGCCCGCCCUGCCGGUCUAUCCCUCACUGGACUCUUCCAUUGGCUCGCCCUCGCACUCAUCGCAGUUUAGCGAGUGCAGCUCCAUUAACUCGAUAACCUCGGACUCCUCGGCGGCCACUCUGAGUCCCGCUGUGGGCGCUGGAACCGGUGGCAUGGAUAUGUCCUACACUUCGGGCUCCCAGUCCUCGCAGUAUGGUAGUCCCUCUGCCAGGACCAGCUUGCGCAGCUCCAAUGUGCCCUACAUGCCCUAUUCGUCCAGUCCCCUUAUGGUGCAGUCGUAUCCGCCACCCCAUCUGCCCGCCUACCCGCCGCCGGAGUCGCCGCAAUACUCGCUCCUUGCCCUCACACCACCGCCGGCCGGAGUGGUCGCCGCCCCGCCAACAGGCGGUGCAGCAGCAGGAGGAGCUCCGGCCUAUAGCCAACUGCCAUCCACCUCGGCCUCAGCAUCGUUCCUGCAGCCUCGCCAGGCGCCUGGAGCCCAUGAGCUGCCACCUUCAUACGAAGAGCUCUUCGGCUUGGCCAACGCACCUCCGGGAACUCCAAAGUGAGGAGUGAUAGGCAGUCCCGAGCAGCCAUCCAGUUACGUCCAAGCUUUGCCUAGACAUAGAGCUUCAGGUUUACUUUAUAGUGUUAUUGAGCAUCAGAAUAUCGAAUAUAUCCUAGACCUUCUACGCUUCGAGCACAAACCAUAUGCAAAUUGUGCACAAAUCAAGUUAUACGCUGAUAUACCCUAUUUAUGUUUACCUUUGAUUUCACCAAGUUUGAAACUAAGUUCGGAUAGGGCAAAUCGUUUUCCAGUCUGAUAUUAAUUUGCAUUUUUUUUAUACACAUUGAUAUUGGAAUACUUUUUGUUCAAUUGUAUUUUCUUUUCAACAAAAAUGCGAUUUGUUUCUUUGCCGUGUUCUUCAUAACUUAAAAACUUGAAUAGCCAGAAAAUAUUGAAAUAUAUUAUAUACUUGCGAAGUAUAUCGAAUCCUAAGCGAAAACUAUUUUGACAAUUAACUUUUACUAGGCAUACAUAUUAUAUUCGAACAAAUUCAAAAUUAGUUUAAAAUAAGAUAAAAAAUUGCUAAACGAAUUAUUUAGGUAAACGAACAAUCAAGAGAAUUUAACUUUAGAAGUCUGUCUUCGUUUGAACUUUAUUGGCUUAGACAGCCAAACCUUGCGCAUUUCUGAGAAUUGAAUCUUGCGAAUUACUCAAAGACUCAUGAGUAUUUAUGUCACCACUCACUAUACUCGAAACAUAUUUCCUGCCCGCCUAUUUAUCUUCCAUUUCUUAUUUAUAUACGUCCGCCUGUCCAAAGAUUCUGCUGAAAACGGUUUAUAGAUCUAGUGUCUCAAUGAAAUUCUAUACCAAAACAGGUCUAACAUUACUAUUUAUUUCUCUCACUGCAUUACGUGUUUAGCAUUUAAGUACUUAAGCACAAAUCGAAUAUGUUGAAGGAUGUUUUGGUUCUUCGAAGACGCGAAGAAUCAAUGAAUCAAUAAGCUUUAGUGCCUCUGUAUGAUGAACAAAUCGAAUGGUUAUCGUUGAAAAAACACACACAAAAGUAUCGACGAACAAUUUUUAUACAAUGUCAACUUUUAGUUUUAAGCGCACGAAAGUAUAUUAUGUACGAUCAAACGAUUUCGUUAAGGUGCUUUACAAAUCACUAUUUUUGGAUACCAAUUUUUUUUGUUUUCCUUUUGAUUUACACACACGAAAAACUGAAUAAAAUGUUAAUAUAAUUAC